GGGGGCGGGGCCUCUUCGGCCGGAGGAGGAAGAUGGCGUCGCCGAAGCUCGGAGUGGGGUCGCGCGGGCUCCCGCAGCCGCAGCUCCUGGUGCUGCUGCUGCUGCUCGGGCCCUGGCCGGCGGCGGGCCACGGCGGCAAGUACUCGCGGGAGAAGAACGAGCCCGGCGGGGAGUUCCGCAUGGAGAAGCUCAACCAGCUAUGGGAGAAGGCCCGGCGGCUGCAGCUUUCUCCCGUGAAACUGUCCGAGCUCCAUGCGGAUCUGAAGAUGCAAGAAAGGGAUGAAUUCGCCUGGAAAAAGCUGAAGGCCGAGGGUCUCGACGAAGAUGGAGAGAAGCAGGCCAAAGUCACGCGCAGCCUCAGUGUGAUCCUGGCCAAGUACGGCCUGGACGGGAGGAAGGACGCCCGGGCCGUGAGCAGCAACUCCCUCAGUGACCCCACCGAGGAGGACAGCCUGGAGGACCCCAGGCUGGAAAAGCUGUGGCACAAGGCGAAGACCUCGGGGAAGUUCUCCAGCGAGGAGCUGGACAAGCUGCGGCGGGAGUUCGAGCACCACAGGGAGAAAGUGCGCGAGUACAACGUCCUGCUGGAGACGCUGAGCAGGACCGAAGAAAUCCAGGAGAACGUCAUCAGCCCCUUUGACGUGAGCCGCGUCAAGGAGGACGUGCUGCACAGCAAGCAUACAGAGCUCAAGGACCGGCUGCGGGGCAUCAACCAGGGCUACGACCGCCUGCGCAAAGUCAGCCACCGGGGCUACGGCACCGAGGCCGAGUUCGAGGAACCCCGAGUGAUCGAUCUGUGGGACCUGGCCAAGUCCUCCAACUUCACUGAGAAGGAGCUGGAGUCCUUCCGGGAGGAGCUUAAGCACUUUGAAGCCAAAAUUGAAAAACACAACCACUACCAGAAGCAGCUGGAAAUCUCUCACCAGAAACUGAAACACGUGGAGAGCCUCGGGGACCGGGAGCACGUGAGCCGGAACAAGGAGAAGUACGCCGUGCUGGAGGAGAAGACCAAGGAGCUGGGCUACAAGGUGAAGAAGCAUUUACAGGACCUGUCGGGCCGCAUCUCCAGAGCUCGCCACAACGAACUCUGAGGCCGCAGGAGCCCGCCGGAAGAAGAAGGAAGAAGCAGGGCGCCAGGGGUCUGCCUCAGCACGGCCCAGGGGCUUGGGGCGGCGCUGGGCACGAACAGGACCUUGGGGGAGGCGUGGCAGGGACCGGCCAGGCAUCCUUGACGCGGAAGAACUGCUCCGACCCCCCGGGGGCCCGACGAGCGGAGCAUCAGACGUGCGUGAAUCUGCCGCUGCAACGCUGUGUCUUUAAAAACACGUCUCACGGUCUAAA